UUUUUCUUCAUUUUUUUUUUAAAAAAAAAAGGCUUGUUGUCACGUGUGAACUUUAACUUAAUUAAAUGCGUAAGCUGUACGUUAAGUUUUUUUUUUUUUUCAUUCCUAACCAUCUACUAAUGUGGUAUAUUUAUAUACCUAUCUUAAAAAGAAGAUAAAAAAUAAAAAUCAAAACUUUAUUAUUAUCAUCUGAUCAUAAUUCUUAGAGAGAGAUUAAAAAGAACAAAAAGCUAACUAGGUUUGGUUUAGCAUAUAUAUGCAUUUGGGUAUAGUUUAGUUUGUUUGUUUGUUUGGAGAGAAAAUUUAGUGAGGUCUGAGAAGAGAGAGAGAGAAAUGGGAAGAGGGAGAGUAGAGCUGAAGAGGAUUGAAAACAAGAUCAACAGGCAAGUGACCUUUGCAAAGCGAAGAAACGGGCUUUUGAAAAAGGCCUAUGAGCUUUCCGUUCUAUGCGAUGCUGAGGUUGCUCUCAUCAUCUUCUCCAAUAGAGGAAAGCUGUACGAGUUUUGCAGUAGUUCAAGCAUGCUAAAAACACUGGAAAGGUAUCAGAAGAACAACUAUGGAGCUCCAGAGCCUAACGUGUCUGCAAGAGAAGCCUUGGAACUGAGUAGCCAACAGGAGUAUUUGAAGCUAAAAGCACGCUAUGAUACUCUGCUAAGGAAUCACAGAAACCUUAUGGGAGAAGAACUAGGAAACUUAAGCAGCAAAGAGCUCGAGUCACUUGAAAGACAGCUGGAUACGUCACUCAAGCAGAUCAGAUCAACGCGGACCCAAUGCAUGCUAGAUCAGCUCACCGAUCUUCAGCGUAAAGAACAUUUUCUUAACGAAACUAACAAGAACCUGAAACAAAAGCUGGUGGAAGGUUACCAACUAAGUUCACUCCAACUUAAUCCAAGCGCCGAUGAGUAUGGGCGGCAAUCUCAUCAACAGCAGGCUCAUCAUGAUGUGUUUUAUCACCCUUUGGACUGUGAGCCCACAUUACAAAUUGGAUAUCAGGCAGAUACAAUAUCAGUUGUGACAGCCGGUCCAAGCGUGAAUAACUACUUGCCAGCAGGCUGGUUGCCUUGAUUGAUCAUAUCAAACUAAUUAAAGGGAAAAAAGAUCAUAAUAGUGAUCAAAUCAAUAUCACCAUGAACCAUGGCCUACUUAAAUGGGAUAUGGUUGAUUUCUUUUGUUAAGUAAUAUGCUUAUAAUUAUAAUUUGUGUUAGUUAUUUUGCCAAUUAAUAAUAAACCAUAUAUAUGAAUAUAUAUUAGUUGGCCAGAGUUGUAUGCGUAUGCAUGCAUGUCUUAUAUAUUAUAACCACCCAGCACCUUAAAUUUAAGGGCACUAUUAUUGUGAUUGUGUGUGUGUGUUUGUAUUGUUUGUUUUAGAACUAAUAAUUUUGUGUGUAGUGUACUCUAAAAAAUUCAGUACGUACUCAA